AUGGCGAGAGUUGAAGCGGUGGUCGUCUGCCUCCUCAUCGUCGCCAUGGAUGUCGCCGCCGGCGUCCUUGGAAUUCACGCGGAGAAAGCUCAGAGCCAGGGGAGGCACCUGAAGAUACUUUUCAUCGAGUGCAGGCAGCCUGUCCCACAGGCUUACAAGCUCGGCAUCGCGGCGGCCGCGGUGCUGGCUGCGUCGCACGCCAUCGCCAAUAUCGUCGGCGGCUGCUCCUGCACGUGGCCCUGCUGCUCCGGCGGCCGGCGCUCGUCGCCCAACCGGCAGAUGGCGUCCUUCGCCCUGGUCCUCACAUGGAUGGUUCUGCUGGUGGGACUGGCGCUGCUGAUCCUCGGUGCGCUGCCGAACUCCAAGAAGGUAAUGGCGGAGUGCGGGGUGGUGCGGCACCGCUUCCUCUCCAUCGGCGGCAUCCUUUGUUUCGUGCACGCCGUCUUCUGCCUCGUGUACUACGUGUCCGCCAACGCCGCCGCGCGGGAGGAAGGCCGUGGGUCUGGGUCCAAGCCCGCCGGCGUGUAG